UUCAGUUUGCAGUACGCGUUCAACGAGUUGAGAUUAACUAAAGCAGCGAAAGUAGUGUCCAAGGAUGGCGUCGUUGGAGAAUCAAUUGCAAAGAAAUAUUGCGGAAUUUAUUAAUAUCGAUGCACAUCGAAAAAAAUACACUAACCAUUACAAUGCCUUACGAGAUACUAUUUAUUCCACUCUUAAGUCUGAGAUGCCCUUGGGAAAAUGGUUGUGUGGACACAAACUUGGCGGAAGCUAUGGCGAUAAAGUGAAAAUUACAAAGCCCGAUGAGUUCGAUUUGGUAAUCUACCUGAAAUUUCCUGAAAACGAUCGGAUCAUCGUUAAGAGAGAUCCACGGAAACCGGGAAAUGUUACGCUCGACAUGACUGAGGUGCUAAAUAUCCUGCAGCGACAGGAUCAUCAAAAGGAUUCAUUUACAGCCCUAAAGAAAAUAGUUACGGCCCAAAAUCUAUUACUGGAGGAUAAGCUGCAGGAUCUAAUAAAUGGUGCAUUUACCAAAGCUCUCAAUAAAAUGGAAAAACGGAUUAUUGUGGACGGCAUGACCUCGCAAAUAAUUUACCGACGAUGCGGUCCAGCUCAUACAAUUUUUUUAAAUUCACCCUACAAAUAUUCGGUUGAUUUUGUGCCAGCAAUAAGGCUAAGUGAACGGCAGAAUGUGUUGGGUGGCGAAGAGCUCAGAUUCUUCCGGAACAUACCGUAUUGGGACGCAAUACCGAAACCUAUGAAGCCAUUCCAAGCGAACAACAUUUCAUUCCGGGCCUCCUACUAUGAUGCCGAAAAGGAAAUGAUGCACAAUAAACAAAAGCUGAAGGAUGUCAUCAAGCUGAUGAAGAAAUUCCGUGAUUCAAAGACAAACAUGGCAAAUGUUCGAAGCUAUUACAUUAAGACGGUGCUGCUGUGGCAGGUGAAGGUGCGUCCCGUGUCCUAUUGGAGCAACAAGAGACUCUACGAGAUACUGAUCGAUAUGUACGAUGAGUUGGCCAGUUGCUUGGCAGUGAAUCAGCGCCGUGGCAAGUUACGCUUCUUCUGGGAUCCCAAUCUCGAUAUGUUUGCUGCCUUCACACCGACCCAGCGACAGGACAUGUUCAACUGUGUUAUAGCUGAGCAUGCGAACCUCAAGAGAGCCGCUGGCAAUCUGACCAGUGACAUCAAUCAAAUUGUGCGAUCCUCCUACAGCAAUCGCGAGGAGCGUGGAGAGCCACAGCGAAGGCCUCGGAAUGGACAGCCAGCUGUAGCACCAGCACCACCUUCUGCUAAUAAACCACAGGCAGAACAAUCGACUUGUAUAAUUGGCUGAGAGAGAGAAAGAGGGAGGGAGAGUAAGUUU